UCCAGCGAGGACGAACCUCGACCAAAGGCUUGCUCUGUCGAGAAACCACCGGGAACGAACUAAAAAAAGAACAAAACAAAACAAUCAAUUUUCAAAGAAUUGCCCCUAAAAGGUGCAUAAUUGCGUUUCAAUUUUCCAUGAUGGAUGUAAAGCGCGCAAUGGCUCUAAAUGAGGUUAUGAGGAUCCCAAGAAGCAUAUGGCAGCAUUUCCACUAAGAUGUGCUGCAUCUGCGCUGCACGCUGGGCUGAUUGGAAAUUUCAGUGGAAGUAUUAGUGGAAGACAGACGCUUCCUGUAACCGCGUAUAUCGCACAGAUAAAUGGAGUAACGGAAAAGAGGAGAGGGAGGGGGGCCUCAGUAAACUUGACACAGCAUUCAAGGGAUGAUCGGACAACUCGUGUUAACUCUCCUCUUCAGGUACCGUUUCCUAUAAUUACCACAUAAAUUUGUGGAGUAGUCCACAGGGGACAGUCCUCUCCCCCCGCCGUCGGGGAGAUAGAAUAAAAAGCGACUGGACGCACAAGAGGGGGCAAACUUGGAACUUGGAGCGCCACACGGGAUAAUAUUAGAUUCUUCUUCUUCUUUUUUGCGCGUUUUCUUUGCACGCCCGGCGCUUGGAGGGUGAUCACCAGCCAUCAGCGACCACACAUACGACUUCCGUAGCUUUAACUCUACCCAAACAGGAACCGACUUUUUAAAAAGUGAACACUUACUGGGAUCAGGACGGGAACGCAACAGAGAGGGAAAAAAAGUUACGCACAUGUGCAUCGUUUUGGCAGGACGCACCAGACGCAGUCAGAGCGUAAGAGAACUUUGAAAAGGUCUCCAAAAAGAAAAGAGUUUACUUUUUCCUCCUUGGGUCCACUUUCCACUUUCCUCACUACACUGGAGCUAUGAGCGCACCGCGCAAACCCGUUGUUGUGGGACUGCUGCUAUUGAUGUGCGCUCUGACCGAGCACUGCGGCGAGAGCGCGCCCACCACGGCGGCCGGCGGGGACGCGCCGCGGAGUUUGAGGCGGAUGGUGGAGAUCAUGAAGCACGUGGGGGAUAACCGGGGCAGACACCCAACAAGAACGGAAGCCCCGCUGACGCCGCGGGCGGUGGACAGCGCGUCGGUAGAACAGAGGGACUUCCGCGGCAAGACGGACAAAGGGAACCAGGCUCUGGUUUUAACCCCCACAGAUUAUAAAAUGAAAGAGAGAAUAAUUAAAUAUUUCACAGGUCCACUCGUGUUCAGCUCCAAGUGCAGGAAGAACGCGUACAGACUUUACCACCACACCAGAGACUGCACGUUACCUGCAUACUUCAAAAGAUGUGCGCGACUUCUCACACGGCUUGCAGGCAGCCCGCAGUGCACAGAGGGGUAGCGCGUGCACAUUCAAAAGGUUGAAGUCAAACAUGUGUGCUUCAGAAGAAAAGAUA